GGUCUCUAACCGAGCUCCAGGUCUGGAACCUUGAAACACUUUUCCUGGGAAAAGGGGUGGCGCUAGACCAUAGAGCGUCAACCUUAAACACAAACAGCACACACGCACCCACGCAGGCUGGCGGCGUCCUCCCUGCUGGGAUGGGCGUCGGGCCCAGUGCUUGGCACACGGUCCCCAGGAGCUUCCCCCGAAGGUUCCCCCGAAGCCAGCCACAGCUGCUCAGCUCGGCGCGCGGAGCCCGCGGUGGUACCGAGUCCGCACAAACCCGGACCCGCUCCAAGUGAGCCGCGUUGUCGUCAUUCAUUCGCAGUGUCCGGAGCGUCCUUCCAGCGGGGAGCUGGGCUUCCCUAGUGGCGCCUGCGGCCCCGACACGGCGCGUUAAGGCGCGGCGACUUCGGGAGCUCGAGCAGGUAGAGACGGGAGGGGCUCUGGAGCUCCAGUCGGCGCCGCGGGAGCAGCAGCGCCGGAGCCCAGCUUGGCCCUGACCGCGGGGCCGAAUCCGCUCGGGUGGCCCUUAGCCCUGCCUGCCGCUGAGCCGGAUCCCGGGACUGAGCUAUACCACUUCCUCCUCCUCCCGCUCCCUUCCUCCUCCUCUUCCUCCUCCUCCCGCUCCUCCCGCCGCCGUGGGCCGGGAGCCGGGCUGCAGAGCGCCAGGCCGGGCGUCUGCGGCCGCGGGCUCUCGCGGGGCGGCGACGCCGCGGGGAGGAUGCUGCUUGCCGCGCCCGCGUCCUCACCGUCCUCCCGGGCCGCCUGCUGGGGCUUUGUUGUGGCCCGGACGCCGCGGGCCACCCCCUGAAGUCGCCUGCCGCCGCCGCCGCACCUAGCGGACGGGCGGGCGGGCGCGCGUGUGCCCAGGAGUGCGCGCCUGUCGCGGUGGUGGGUGCAGGACUGGACCCACGGGCCCAUUGUGCGCCCGCCCGCGGCGGCCAGGACCAUGUGGGUGAACCCGGAGGAGGUGUUGCUGGCCAACGCGCUGUGGAUCACCGAGAGGGCCAACCCAUACUUCAUCCUACAGCGGAGGAAGGGCCACGCCGGCGAUGGAGGCGGCGGCGGCGGACUGGCGGGCCUGCUGGUGGGUACCCUUGAUGUUGUGUUGGACUCCAGCGCCCGGGUCGCUCCUUACCGAAUCUUGUACCAGACUCCAGACUCCCUGGUCUACUGGACCAUCGCCUGUGGUGGUUCCAGGAAAGAAAUCACUGAACACUGGGAAUGGCUUGAGCAAAAUCUCUUGCAGACACUCUCCAUCUUUGAAAAUGAGAAUGAUAUCACCACAUUUGUGAGAGGAAAAAUACAGGGCAUCAUUGCAGAAUACAACAAAAUCAAUGAUGUAAAGGAAGAUGAUGACACGGAGAAGUUUAAAGAAGCCAUUGUGAAAUUUCAUAGGCUGUUUGGGAUGCCAGAGGAAGAGAAACUCGUCAACUAUUACUCUUGCAGCUAUUGGAAGGGGAAGGUCCCCCGUCAGGGUUGGAUGUACCUCAGCAUUAACCACCUUUGCUUUUAUUCUUUUCUUAUGGGAAGGGAAGCGAAACUGGUCAUCCGGUGGGUAGACAUCACUCAGCUCGAGAAGAAUGCCACCCUGCUUCUGCCUGAUGUGAUCAAAGUGAGCACACGGUCCAGUGAGCAUUUCUUCUCUGUAUUCCUCAACAUCAACGAGACCUUCAAGUUAAUGGAGCAGCUUGCCAACAUAGCCAUGAGGCAACUCUUAGACAAUGAGGGAUUUGAACAAGAUCGAUCCCUGCCCAAACUCAAAAGGAAAUCUCCUAAAAAAGUGUCUGCUCUAAAACGUGAUCUUGAUGCCAGGGCAAAGAGUGAGAGAUACCGUGCACUUUUCCGGCUGCCCAAAGAUGAAAAAUUAGAUGGCCACACAGACUGCACUCUCUGGACUCCAUUUAACAAAAUGCACAUUUUGGGGCAGAUGUUUGUGUCCACAAAUUACAUCUGUUUUACCAGCAAGGAGGAGAACUUAUGUAGCCUCAUUAUCCCGCUCCGUGAGGUGACAAUUGUGGAAAAGGCAGACAGCUCCAGUGUGCUCCCCAGUCCCUUAUCCAUCAGCACCCGAAACAGGAUGACCUUCCUAUUUGCCAACUUGAAAGAUAGAGACUUUCUAGUGCAGAGGAUCUCAGAUUUCCUGCAACAGACUACUUCCAAAAUAUAUUCUGACAAGGAGUUUGCAGGAAGUUACAACAGUUCAGAUGAUGAGGUGUACUCUCGACCCAGCAGCCUCGUCUCCUCCAGCCCCCAGAGAAGCACGAGCUCUGAUGCUGAUGGAGAGCGCCAGUUUAACCUAAAUGGCAACAGUGUCCCCACAGCCACACAGACCCUGAUGACCAUGUAUCGGCGGCGGUCUCCCGAGGAGUUCAACCCGAAAUUGGCCAAAGAGUUUCUGAAAGAGCAAGCCUGGAAGAUUCACUUUGCUGAGUACGGGCAAGGGAUCUGCAUGUACCGCACAGAGAAAACGCGGGAGCUGGUGUUGAAGGGCAUCCCGGAGAGCAUGCGUGGGGAGCUCUGGCUGCUGCUGUCAGGUGCCAUCAAUGAGAAGGCCACACAUCCUGGGUACUAUGAAGACCUAGUGGAGAAGUCCAUGGGGAAGUAUAAUCUCGCCACGGAGGAGAUUGAGAGGGAUUUACACCGCUCCCUUCCAGAACACCCAGCUUUUCAGAAUGAAAUGGGCAUUGCUGCACUAAGGAGAGUCUUAACAGCUUAUGCUUUUCGAAAUCCCAACAUAGGGUAUUGCCAGGCCAUGAAUAUUGUCACUUCAGUGCUGCUGCUUUAUGCCAAAGAGGAGGAAGCUUUCUGGCUGCUUGUGGCUUUGUGUGAGCGCAUGCUCCCAGAUUACUACAACACCAGAGUUGUGGGUGCACUGGUGGACCAAGGUGUCUUUGAGGAGCUAGCACGAGACUACGUCCCACAGCUGUACGACUGUAUGCAAGACCUGGGCGUGAUUUCCACCAUCUCCCUGUCUUGGUUCCUCACACUAUUUCUCAGUGUGAUGCCUUUUGAGAGUGCAGUUGUGGUUGUUGACUGUUUCUUCUAUGAAGGAAUUAAAGUGAUAUUCCAGUUGGCCCUAGCUGUGCUGGAUGCAAAUGUGGACAAACUGUUGAACUGCAAGGAUGAUGGAGAGGCCAUGACCGUUUUGGGAAGGUAUUUAGACAGUGUGACCAAUAAAGACAGCACACUGCCUCCCAUUCCUCACCUCCACUCCUUGCUCAGCGAUGAUGUGGAACCUUACCCUGAGGUAGACAUCUUUAGACUCAUCAGAACUUCCUACGAGAAAUUCGGAACUAUCCGGGCAGAUUUGAUUGAACAGAUGAGAUUCAAACAGAGACUGAAAGUGAUCCAGACGCUGGAGGAUACUACGAAACGCAACGUGGUACGAACCAUUGUGACAGAAACUUCCUUUACCAUUGAUGAGCUGGAAGAACUUUAUGCUCUUUUCAAGGCAGAACAUCUCACCAGCUGCUACUGGGGCGGGAGCAGCAACGCACUGGACCGACAUGACCCCAGCCUGCCCUACCUGGAACAGUAUCGCAUUGACUUCGAGCAGUUCAAGGGAAUGUUUGCUCUUCUCUUUCCUUGGGCAUGUGGAACUCACUCUGACGUUCUGGCUUCCCGCUUGUUCCAGUUAUUAGAUGAAAAUGGAGACUCUUUGAUUAACUUCCGGGAGUUUGUCUCUGGGCUAAGUGCUGCAUGCCAUGGGGACCUCACAGAGAAGCUCAAACUCCUGUACAAAAUGCACGUCUUGCCUGAGCCAUCCUCUGAUCAAGAUGAACCAGAUUCUGCUUUUGAAGCAACUCAGUACUUCUUUGAAGAUAUUACCCCAGAAUGUACACAUGUUGUUGGAUUGGAUAGCAGAAGCAAACAGGGUGCAGAUGAUGGCUUUGUUACGGUGAGCCUAAAGCCAGACAAAGGGAAGAGAGCAAAUUCCCAAGAAAAUCGUAAUUAUUUGAGACUGUGGACUCCAGAAAAUAAAUCUAAGUCAAAGAAUGCAAAGGAUUUACCCAAACUAAAUCAGGGGCAGUUCAUUGAACUGUGUAAGACAAUGUAUAACAUGUUCAGCGAAGACCCCAAUGAGCAGGAGCUGUACCAUGCCACGGCAGCAGUGACCAGCCUCCUGCUGGAGAUUGGGGAGGUCGGCAAGUUGUUCGUGGCCCAGCCUGCAAAGGAGGGCGGGAGCGGAGGCAGUGGGCCGUCCUGCCACCAGGGCAUCCCAGGCGUGCUCUUCCCCAAGAAAGGGCCAGGCCAGCCUUACGUGGUGGAGUCUGUUGAGCCCCUGCCGGCCAGCCUGGCCCCCGACAGCGAGGAACACUCCCUUGGAGGACAAAUGGAGGACAUCAAGCUGGAGGACUCCUCGCCCCGGGACAACGGGGCCUGCUCCUCCAUGCUGAUCUCUGACGACGAUACCAAGGACGACAGCUCCAUGUCCUCGUACUCGGUGCUGAGUGCCGGCUCCCACGAGGAGGACAAGCUGCACUGCGAGGACAUCGGAGAGGACACGGUCCUGGUGCGGAGCGGCCAGGGCACGGCGGCACUGCCCCGGAGCACCAGCCUGGACCGGGACUGGGCCAUCACCUUCGAGCAGUUCCUGGCCUCCCUCUUAACUGAGCCUGCCCUGGUCAAGUACUUUGACAAGCCCGUGUGCAUGAUGGCCAGGAUUACCAGUGCAAAAAACAUCCGGAUGAUGGGCAAGCCCCUCACCUCGGCCAGUGACUAUGAAAUCUCGGCCAUGUCCGGCUGACACGGGCGCCUUCCCGGGGGAGUGGGAGGAGAGGGAGGGGAGGGGAGGGAUUUUUUAUGUUCUUCUGUGUUGAGUUUUUUCUUUCUUUCUUUUAAAUUAAAUAUUUAUUAGUACCUGGCUUGAAGCCUAGUGUUUUCAUAAUGUAAUUCAAUGAAAACUGUUGGAGAAAUAUUUAAACACCUCAAUGUAGGUACAUUAUUACACUCUUGUUGCGGGGAGGGGAUUUACCAGAAUACAGUUUAUUUCGUGAAUUCUAAAAAACAAAAAGAUGAAUCUGUCAGUGAUAUGUGUGUAUUAUAACUUAUUAAUCUUGCUGUUGAGCUGUAUACAUGGUUUAAAAAAUAGUACUGUUUAAUGCUAAGUAAGGCAGCAGUCAUUUGUGUAUUCAGGCUUUUUAAAUAAAAUUAGAGCUGUAAGGAAAAUGAAAAGCCACAAAUGCAAGACUGUUCUUAAAUGGAAGGCAUUGUCAGCGAGGGUAAAUCCUAUACCACUUUAGGAAGUAUUAAAAAUAUUUUUAAGAUUUGAAAUAUAUUUCAUAAAAGUCCUCUAUUCAAAAUCAUAUUCCACAGAUGUUCCCCUUCAAAGGGAAAACAUUUGGGGUUCUAAACAGUUAUGAAAGUAAGUGAUUUUUACAUGAUUCCAGAAUAACACUUGUAUUGACCAAUUUAGACAGAUACCAGACCAAUUUUGCAUUUAAGAAAUUGUUCUGAUUAUUUACGUCAACUCAUUAGAAUUCAGUGAAAAGUAACAGUCUUUUGUCACAGAGAAUCUGAAAGUAGCAGCAAAGACAGAGGGCUCAUGACAGGUUUUUGCUUUUGCUUUGCUUUUGUUUUUGAAAGAGUAAAAGUACUGACGCUUCUGAUACUGGAUGUUUAGCUUCUUACUGCAAAAAAAAGCAUAAGUAAAACAGUCAACUUUACCGUUUCCGUAUUCUCCAUAGAUUGAAGAAAUUUAUACCACAUAUCGCAUAUGACCAUCUUUCCAUCAAAUCAAUGUAGAGAUAAUGUAAACUGAAAAAAAAUCUGCAAGAUAAUGUAACUGAAUGUUUUAAAAACAGAACUUGUCACUUUAUAUAAAAGAAUAGUAUGCUCUAUUUCCUGAAUGGAUGUGGAAAUGAAAACUAGCGCACCUGCACUUUGAAUUCUUGCUUCUUUUUUAUUACUGUUAUGAUUUUGCUUUUUACAGAUGUUGGACGAUUUUUUCUUCUGAUUGUUGAAUUCAUAAUCAUGGUCUCAUUUCCUUUGCUUCUUUGGAAUAUUUCUUUCAACACAUUCCUUUAUUUUAUUAUACAUUGUGUCCUUUUUUUAGCUAUUGCUGCUGUUGUUUUUUAUUCUAUUUACAGGAUGAUUUUUAAACUGUCAAAUGAAGUAGUGUUAACCUCAAAUAGGCUAAAUGUGAACAAAUAAAAUACAUCAAAUACUCAGA